AUGUUCAUCGUUAUGCGCGAGGCGCUGCAAGGUAGUAACGGUCUUCCAUCUCAGCCUGUGUUUCUCGAACAAUUGUUCGAUCCAAUGGCAUACUUUUUCCGAGACAGAAGCGUUCUUCAUGCGUCUAGCGUUGAUAAAGGUGUGGCGCGGCGAAUGCCAAAACAAAAAUGGAUCAAUACUGGAAACAUCCAUGACUUUGUAUUUUUAGGAAAAGAAAUUAUUGCUACUGCGUGUGGAAACUAUGUCAUUUUUUAUAAUUUGUUGACAAAGGAAAAAAGAAUAGAGUACUUCAAUAGUCCAUUAAGAGGAGAAGGAGCAUGUUGCUUAGCUGGACAUCAGGUCAUGCCUAUAUUUUCCACCGCAGAACGCCGAUUCUGUCCAAAAAUUUAUAUACACACUUAUCCAGAAUUAAGAAAAGUAGCUGAAUGUAAAUUAUAUACUGAUCUAAAUGCAUAUUUGUCUUGCUGCUUUGUCGGUACAGAGUACUUAGUGAGCUUAACAUCGUAUCCACACUUUGAACUAAUUAUUUGGUUAUGGAGAAGUGGGGAAAAAAUUUACAGUAUAGAAACCACGGUCAUGGAUAUGAAUCAAAUAAUAGAGGUCUCAAUAUAUGCAAGUCAAAUGCUUUGUCAAUUUUCACCUAGUUCCGGUAAGCUGUGGACUUAUGAAAUUCUCACAUAUUCAAAAAAAGUGACAGUAAUCAGGAAUAAUAUAAAAAUUAGCGAGAAAAAAAUUACAUCUGUCCAUUGGCUGAAUAGUGGUAAUUUAAUGCUGAGCGAUUCAUUGCAAAAUGUAUACAUUAUUGGCGUAGAUGGAAGAAAAUGUCAAUUGAUUCUUCGCAGAGAUCUUAACAUAAAAUCCAUAAAUAAUUUUUUAAUUCUUCCAUACAGUAAUUCAUUUUUUACUGUAGAUAACGACUCUAAAUUAUCUUUCUAUAACACGUCAUAUUUAGAAAAUAAUUGUGAAACAUGGAAUCUUACAUGGUCGAUCCAGUGUCAAUCACAUCCUCUAAAAAUGGUACUUGCUCGUCACAAAGAGGCAAUUUUUAUUUAUUGUCGAACUGGAGAAAUAUUAGAGUUAGAUUUAAUGCCCGAAAAACCUGACGAAGUUAAUGUAGCAGUUUUAGAUUUUUCAAAUUGUUUGUACAUUAUUGAUGUAUUUACUGGAAACUUGAUAAGCAAUACUAUAAUAAAUCAAGAAGAUCAAGUUAUGUGUAUGGUAUCUCAUCCCCUCAUUCCUUUGGUAGCUGUCACGACAUCAACAGGAAAAGUUAUGUUUUUUAUAAAAUCAGAUGUAAAUUUGGUGCAUCUAAAAACUUUAUAUUUACAAAAAGAAUCUUUGACAAAGAUUCGAUUUGCAAGAAAUGGAUUUAUAUUAGGGAUUUCAUCUACCGUAACAAAAUAUUUUUUCAUGUUAAAGACAAUUGUAACAGAAAAAAUUGACGUCUAUUUCUAUACAAAGUUCACAAAGUUCAUAAUUGAUUUCUUAAUAUUUGAAAAUGAACAGAAAAUGAUACUGUUGGUAUUAUCUCAAACAAAUGCAGAUAUUGGCCAGGAUAAAUUAAAAGCUAAUGAAAAUAUUGUUUGGAUUGAAAUUGAAGAGUUGAAAAUCAAUCAAACUAAAAUGAACAAUAUUCUCGUUCUAAAAAAUAAUCUUUUGAAAGAUUGGCAAUCCCUGAAACAAAAGGUGCAAACCAUCCUGGAUUUGAACGAAAUGAAAAGUAUUGAAUGCAGAAUACCAAUUUCAUCUUUUGAUUUAAACAGUCAAAGAAGACAGGAAAAAGUGGAUUCUAGUGCAAUCAGUCGAGAGAAAGUUAUUGAUGAAACAAAGCAACAAUUGUAUCAUUUAAAUGCAUAUCAAAAAGAGAUGCAUGAUAUUUUUGGAGUGACUGUAGAAAUUCCUUAUAAUGACGACUCCAACUGGCAAUCAGAUGAAUCUCUAUCAAAUUUGAUAACAACCACAUUGCAAAAUAGUUUGUCAAAUAAUCAAUCGAUCAACAUACUAAAUAGCAACUAUCUCAAUACGCCACAGGAUUUAUCGAACUCAAUUGAUCAUUCCGCUAUGAACUAUCUACCAGAACAUGAACGGUCAUUUAGAAAAGAUAAAUUGAUCGAGAUGAUGGACGGUUUGCUAGAAAUUAGAUGGGAGGAUAAAAUUAAGAAAAAUGUUACAAAACCAUAUUGCAUGCUUUUUAAACAUCCUUCAAAAUACACUAAUGAGGAUAUCGAAGCUGUAGCUAUUUACAAAUUAAAAGUUGAUAAGCUUCGUAUCGAACGUGAAAAGUAUAAAGCUCAUUUGGAAUUCCAAAUUGAAAGCAUAAAUGAUAAAAUGAAAGCUGAGAUUGAAAGUUUUGAUAAUAAAAUGGAAGAAUUUUCAUUAGAAAAAAUAAAAGUUCAAUCUGCAAUCUCACAAGAAUUUUUACUAAAAUUAAAUAAACAGAAGCAGCAAUUUUUCAAAGAUAACGAAAACAAAAGUAAAUCUCACAUCAUUGAUAAUGAACGUGCAUCUUUAGAAAAUGAAAAUAAAAUGUUAAUAAGCGAAUUAUUAAAAGUAGAGCCAAUAGUCGUAGAGCUACGAAACAAGUACGAUAAUUUGAAGAAGCGAGAUAAAAUAUUAGAAGCUAAGUUUAAAAGUGAUUUUAGUGAUUUGAAACAACCAUUAGUAGAGCAUUUACUCAGACAGUAUAAACGACGUCCGAAAAUAAAUGAAAUUAAUUGUGCACCAUUGACAUGCUUAAUAGAAACAAAUAAAUGUUUGAUUGACGGAAAAAAAUCCGUAAUAUUGCCUCAUGCGUAUUUAGAGUUCUUAAAAGGAAUGGAUGCUUUAGAUAUAAUGCCAAGUAGUCUACCACAACAAAUUGAUGGUAAUUAUUGGCAAUUACUUUGCAAACUGAGAAGAAAUAAAGUGGAAAUGGAAAUUAAGCUAAAAGUUGCUGCUUUAGAAUUAGCUGAAACGGAGCAAACCUAUUUUCAUUUACAAAAAUUAAGUUCUCAAAUCCAAAGCAAAAUAUAUUUCAUAAAAAAUCGCAUGGAAGAAGAAGCCUUAAAAAAUUUUAAAUCAUAUAAAAAUUCAAAAAUUCAAUUAAUAUUGAAAGCUGGACAAAUAGAAAUUCCUUUAAUAGGUUCCAUCAAGGACUUUGAAAUAUCUAUUGUUGUUACAUAUGAUGAACUGGUACAAAUCAAUGUUGAUAUAGUAAAAGAAGGUCAAAAAAAAAUUGCCGCUAUGCGAGCAGCAAUGUUUGUCCAAAAGUCUAUACUCUACAGAAACUGGAAGUAUCAAUGUAUGUCUACAAAGUUAAAGCACCUGCAGGAGCAACUGAUCAUUUUACGAAAUAUCAAAAUCAGUAAGAAUAUGCAGAAUUAUUUGGUUGAACGGCUUAAAGGGAACAUUCAUUACAGAGAUGCUACAUCAUGUGGUAAAAUAUUAAGUUCAACAGAAAAGAAAUUUCAACGCAUGCUGAAGGAAGAAAAAACUAUACUACGAAGAAUAGUGAAAGAAAUAAAAUACUGGCGUAAGGAAAACGAAGAUUUAACAAACAAAAUUCAAUUAUUUAAAUCAUUGAAACAGCAGCAGAAGUUUGAACUGGAAGAAAAUCAAUUGCAAAAAAGAAACAGUGCUUUCCAUAAGCAUAAUCUGUGCGCAAUCAUGGAAAGAACAAGUCUUAUUGAAAAACUCAAAGAAAAUCGUAACGAGCUUUUAAACUUACAAACACAACUGGAGUUGCUGAAACUAAAAUCUUAUCCCACAUUACGUCUCAAGGAUAUUUGUCAUCAUAUAAGAAGUAAUGAUUCAAUGAAAAGUUAA